AUGGCUACCAUGGCAGCGGCUGCUCGUGAUAUCUCCCAGGCCUCCUCGAGCCGAGACAACUUAACUGCUGUAGCGGCUCGAAGUGUCCCUGCGACUGUGACACGAUCUCAACAACCCCUCCCUACUCCCCCCAACUCCAUUUCUCCCAACCUGCCGCCCCAUGGGCUUAAGGCGCACCUCCAGAAGGCCAAGCUUGACCCUAUCGACUCAGACCUGGACCUUCACGAGCCUUCGGAUCGACGACGAUCGAUCUCGCCUGCCCUCGAGGCAUCGGGUGCCAUCACCGGCUCUCUCCUCGCCAAAUACCACUUGCCAGAGAUCCUGCUCAACCACGGUCCCUUGGCUAUCAGACAUAUUAUGGGGUACCUAACCACUUCGGUACCCGGGUUCUCAGGAAUCCCUCCAACAAAGGCGCGGAGACUAGUCGUGGGAGCUUUGGAAGGUCGAGGAGGAGAAGGCGGUGGACUGGAUGGAGAGGUGGAAUUUGAAAAGGUGGGAUGGGGCCGCUGGGAUGCUCGUAAGCGAGGGGAGCCUUCGCGACACCGACAAGGAACUCCUCCAUCCUCGUAUGGGGCGGGUAUUCCCAUCACCAAGAAUGGCGGUCGGGGUCAGGACCGCUUCAGACAAAGCACUGCUUCGAGCAACGGUGACUCAGUUCAGUUUUCUCAUGAGGACCACGACAUCUACAUGAUGGAACAUGAGGCCGAUAAAAUGUCCAUGGAUGGUUCUGGGUCUGCUUCGUGCUCCGAGGCGCCGGAUGAUGAUGUCGUUAUGAACGAUGACCCUGAAGAUGCGACAGAUGAUGAAGAUUGGGCCACGAUGGGAGCUGCUGCUCUCCGAGCUGAAUCCUAUCCCAGCCCAGCGGCUCAAAUUGAGCAUGGCUUCCAACCCUCUUCGGCGUACACACCAGGUGCGCUUCGUUCGUUCUCUGCCAACUCCGGCAUGGCGCGCACACCGCAAACUUUCAACAUGGACUUCUCGGUGUUGGCGGGUCCUUCCGCCGCACAGGAGCGGGAAGCCGUCGAGGCUCUUCUGCAGCUCGGCUCUGUAUAA